AUGCAUCCUGCCAGCCCAAACACGAGCAGCCUCUCUACCCUGCUCCUGCUCCUGUUCUUGUUCUGCUCUGGGCUCCGAGCUAACAACGGGCAGCCCUUGAUCAAGGACUGCAAUACAGUGAUCCAGGAAAUUAGAAGGAACCUAGAGAAUUCUGGGCCUUUGCGUUUGAACUCCACCAACAAGGAAGACCGAUGGCUCUUGAGGAAUACCUCUCGGAUGCAAAACCUGAAUGUAUUCUUGGAAGCUGCUAAGAAUUUGACGAACAAAGGGAACAUCAGUAGCCAACUAGAGUUUCUUAAGACAUGCUUGUCCAACGAAGAGCCCACAGUCGCACCCAUGACCACACCCACGAGAAAGCCCAUUGUUAUCAGAAAGGGCAACUUGGAUGACUUCCGGAAGAAACUUCAGUACUAUCUGUACAUCCUUGAGGAGAGCUGGAUUCAGCACUGA